AUGAUCCCUCUACAGAACGCCAGCGACACUCCGCCUCUGGGGGCCGAGGGGGAAGAAGGACACACGGACCCCUCUCCAUGUGUGUUGGGUUACAUCCCGGUGAUUUAUUACAGCAUCCUUCUAGGGCUUGGCUUACCAGUCAACAUCUUGACAGCUGUGGCCCUCUCAAAGUUGGCAUCCAGGACCAAGAAGUCAUCCUACUGCUACCUCCUGGCCCUUACUACCUCCGACAUCCUGACCCAGAUCUUUAUCAUCUUUGUAGGCUUCAUCCUACAGACAGCCAUCCUCCAUCGCAAGGUGCCCAAUGCCUUCAUCCACAUGGUCAGUGUCCUUGAGUUUUCAUCCAAUCACGCCUCUAUCUGGAUCACGGUCAUCCUCACGGUUGAUCGAUAUGUAGCUCUUUGUCACCCGCUGCAGUAUCGCUCCCUGUCCUACCCAGAACGCACCCGCAAAGUCAUUAUGACCGUGUUCCUCUCGUCUUUUGUGACCGGAAAUUCCAUUCUACUGGUGGAGCGACGUUUGGAGGGACCCUCGAGCUCCAGGAUUGUUGGAUCGAUUGCUUAAGUGGGUCCACUGCUUUAUCAUUUAUUUCAUCCCAUGUACCAUCUUCUUCCUCACUAACACGGUAAUCAUUCUGAGGCUCAGGAGGAAAUCCGAAUCGAAGAGGUACAAGGUCCGCAUUGGCAAGACCACGGCCAUCCUGAUGAGCAUCACAACGGUUUUUGCAGUUCUCUGGGCUCCCAGGACCAUCGUCAUCAUCAUUCACAUGUACGUGUCUUCGGUCCACAAGGACUGGAGGGUCCACCUGGCCUUGGACAUUGGGAAUAUGCUGGCCCUCCUGAACACAGCUGUCAAUUUCUUCCUGUACUGUUUUGUGAGUCGCCGGUUUCGGGACAUGGUGAGAGAAAUCCUUGGCAUGCAAAGGCCGUGUCGCAUGGUGGAAGGGAAGAAGAGCCAAAGUGACUUCUCUGACUCCUUGAAGCCAGUGGAGAUCCCACAGGCAACAGUUAUUUGA